GGAUUCCCUCUCUUUGUCUAUGUCCCAGACCCUGUCUGUGCCAUCAUGGCACCUUCCCUGAUGGGCACCCGAACUCCAGCCCAGACACAGUUCGUCGUGCCUUGAGCCGCGGUUUGGAACCCCCACUCGAUCACUCGACGAACGACCCCCUGUACCCUUCCAGUUCGCGGUCUUCAUUCAGGUCGAAGCGCACUACAGUCGAGACCUCACACCCGUUGCCGUCUCCGAUGCGCGUCCAGUCCGCGGCCGCGGCCAGUGCUCAGGCCCUGCUGCAGGACAACGCCAACUGCGUGGCGCACGUACUACAGAGCAACUACUUCAGCCGCACGGCCUCGCCCUCGGUCUCUGCUAGCUGGGAGCGUGCCGCCUCGCGCCCGCCCAUCAAUGUCAGCCCUUACGUGCAUACGCGUGACUGCGGCGGCCGCCGUCGCUCCACGGCCGCCAGCUGCCAGGCCGUCAUCGGCACACUACAGGACGCUAUGCGUGCGCUGCACGCCGACGACACCAGCAGCUACCGCCGCGUCGAGAGCGAGCUCUUCACGGCCGAUCUGCUCCUAGACGCUCGCGUGCUCGACUCCCUCGUACCACGCACCAAGGAGACGCCGUACCGCUACGUCGGACUCAAACACGUCAAGUACCGGUCCAUGCUCGACGAGCGCCACGCCGAGGAAUUCCUACUCAUGGAGACGGUCGGACGCGGCGUGCACCCCGUUUCGGGUCACAAGUUCGUCUUUAAAAUGUUGCGCUCCGUUGACGUCCCCGAGCGGGAAUUCGAGAUGAGGAGCGCUAACAGUCACCACGCACAACUGCAGGUACACCGCGGCGCCAUCCACGCUAUGCUGCUGGUACUGGCCGAGACCAGCCAUCGUGGGAUCCUCAAGAUGCAGUUGUGGCUGGACGUCGAGCUGACGAAAUGCGCUGAACCUUUCUACGGUGCGUUCUCCAGUCUUCACGACGCCUACAGUUUAUCAAUCAGGUAUCGACAGUUGGUCGAGAACUACGCCGCUACGAGCGGAGACGCCGCCAUAGCCGCGUCGACCAAGACGUCUCGGUUCGGCCUCCUCACGUCGCGGUCGAACCGCGAACGCAAGUGCCAGACCUGUCAGCGUGCUCUCGGGUUCUUCUCCAGGAAGAAGAACCACCUGUGUAAUGUGUGUGGAAUCUUCGUGUGCUCUUCGUGUUUGUCUACUACGUCGUUCCAGAGCUGGAAGCUCUGCGGCCUAUGCUACCAACGCAACAAGCGCCUGGUCAACAGGACGCGCGUGUCCAAGAUGUCUUCUCUCGCGUCAGGUCUGGGAGGAACUCUGCAAUACAUUACACGCAUCGGACGCAGCUACAGCCGACAACGGGACUCGAUCUUAUUCGCGACGGCUGAAGCUGCCGGUGAGUUGCCUCCCAACCCGAUGCAGGACACGAAGCAACGACCGAACGAGCGCUUCGCGACGCGGGAAACAGCUAGGAGACGCCGUAUCGAGGACGACGAGAUGCUGUUUGACCACGACACCAAGCCGCUCGCUAGGAGCGUUAUCGGAGUUCGCCGUGCAGUGCGUAGCAGUGAAAACAUGGACCCGCAUCCGGACUUCGGCGCGACCGUGGGUGUCGGGCGGCCGCAGCCGGCCCGUGCCAACCUCAGUAUGAGCCAGGGACCUGGCGGCCGGAAGAACAGCUUUAGCCGUUCGCUACUUCACAGAGGCAAGGGCUCGUACGAUCCGAACGAGGACAUAAGCAGAGAACUCAGUGCGUCGUUCUUUGACGGCACGAACGGAUCAUUUCGCACUAGCGAGCUGAGCAGCAGUCGCGUCCAGAUCAGCAGAAGUAGCAGCUUCGCCGACCAGAAACUCGAGUCAGUGGCGUCGUCGGACGCCAAGGAUAAGAGCGGAAGCACCAGCAGCGACAGCUCCAACAGCACCACGAGCUCCAGCGGUGAACGCCAGGACAGUCCUACUCCCGAGCCGGACAUCCAGCGCGUGGGCCCGCAGCGUGUGCCGGCCCCCGCUCCGCCCAAACAGGUUGAACAGCCGCGCAACUACCCUCCGCGCCGCUCGAACCCGAUGUACCGCGUGCAUAGCGGUCGCGUCAGCAACUCGUCGCGCAGUAGUUCGUCUUCUUCUUCUCGUCGCAGCUCGUCGUCUUCUUCUUCACGUCGCAGCGCCUUCAAGGGCUGGGCUUCGGCCUCUGCUGGCCCACGUAUGACGUCCGGAAAGAACAGCUCUUCACGACGGAAGACCAAGUUCGCGGACGAGGACAACCACGUGCCAUCUGCUUGGCGCUACGACGAAUACGGUGCCCCUGUCAAACGUGGCCGCAAGACGUCCAACCUAUCGGACUACGGCGAGCAGCCGCAGCACGGCCGCGUCUACGAAUGGAUUUAAGUCUUAGUUGAUUGAUCAGAACGGAAGAUGUCCGAGGGAAGACGUCUCCAUUACGCGUGCUAUAGCUUCGAUCAGGAGAGCCAUGGGGAAGCUCUCGGAUACGGAAUCGCGCGUCUGCUAUUUAACUUGACAUGAUGAAUGUCAUCCGUGGUAUAUUCCCCACUAAACUCUGGGCUUUUCGCCUUAGACUCACAAUAAAAUUGUUUUAUCUUGCUCAUAUCCCC